AUGACUUCUCUACCUUCCAUGGAGGGCAACUAUGCAACAGCCUUGGAACUGAUUGACAAGGCUCACUCUGAUGAUCCCAACAAGAUCCCAGCGCCCGAUGCCUCAGGGACGACCAUCCCUUACGAGCUUCACUAUGCUCGAAAAAUGACACGAUGGCUCGCGCUGCGAUCGCCCACGGCACCGCCCGUCCUGCAACUUGCAUGUCGAGCCCAACACUUUAGAAGGCCAGGUUACCUGACAUGGAGGGCAAAACUAAAGGCGCAGGCAGCAAACCAGGUUGCGGAGCUUCUGGCAUCGCCACAGGUAGAGCCGCCUAUCCCGCAAGAGCAGAUCGAUCGGGUGGCAGCCCUGAUCCGGAAAGAGAACCUCAGCAAGGACGAAGAAACACAGAUUCUCGAGGACGUAGCAUGCCUCGUUUUCUUGGACGACCAGUUCGACGAUUUCGAGAGGAAACCGGAGAUCGACGAAGCCAAGAUCAUCAGCAUUCUCCAAAAGACUUGGGUCAAGAUGAGUGCCAAAGGCCAGGAACUGGCAUUGCAGAUGGACCUGAGUGACAGGGCGAAAUCGCUGAUCGGGAAGGCCCUGGAAGGCGCCUGA